AUGUUUAUAGUGGACAUUAUUAUUAAUUUUCGCACUACAUACGUCAAUGAAAAUGAUGAGGUAGUGUCACACCCGGGUAAAAUUGCCAUCCACUAUUUCAAGGGAUGGUUCGUCAUAGAUAUGAUAGCUGCCGUGCCAUUCGAUCUGUUAUUAGUGAAUACUAAUAGUGACGAAACCACCACGCUUAUUGGCUUACUGAAAACUGCUCGAUUAUUACGGUUAGUACGGGUAGCAAGGAAAUUAGAUAGGUAUUCCGAGUACGGUGCUGCCGUUUUGUUACUUUUAAUGGCGACAUUUGCUCUUAUCGCUCAUUGGUUGGCGUGUAUAUGGUAUGCGAUUGGAAGCGCAGAAUUACCACACAAACGUGAAAUCACGUGGUUACAUCAGUUGUGUGAGUUUUUGUACGAGUUGUCAUGUGAGUGGGCGGAGUCCCACGUAUAG